AGGAAAACCACUGCCGCUCUAGACUUUGAUCUCAGGUCUCAGUUGGAGCGCUGGUUUUGUUUGGUUGGAAGGACGCGCUGGCGGUGGGCGAGGGAUUCGGGAUAUUGUAAGGGCGGAGCUUGGCGUUGGUCCACCCAAUGAUGCUGAGCGCCCUCUUGUUCGACACGCUGCGGGCGGCGUACCUUGGGCUGCCGGUGGCGGUUGGGCCGGACCAUCCGGGGCAGAUGUCGGAGCGCCGCCACCAGCUUUUUCUCCGGUGACAUCGAAGAUUCAGAAGCUCACCGGGGUGCUUGUCAUCGUUCUUUCCGAGGGUUUUGGCUGAUCUUUGUGGGAGAGGUCGGAUUUCUUGUUCUCCUUGGCAUAGUUUGGGGGAUGUUAGGAGCGGAAGGCUUUGCAGAAGGGUUCUUACAGGGAGCGGCACUUCAACUCGGAGUCCAUACUACUGGCAUUCGAGGUGUUGGAGGCGAUGGGAGUCCAUGCUCUUCCCCGGACCCCGUUUGUUUGCUGGUGCUGGAACCUAGUCACCUCAUGCAACAACCCAUCAAGAAGACCCACACUUUCUUCUCUUCAAAAGUUGAACAACAGUCCAGCCAUGGACAUGUGAUUCAGAUGUCUAACUGCGCUGGUGUCUGCUCUGAGUCGAUCUAUCUGGACUGGAUGGACUUUCAAGGAUGAUGACUCAAUGGAGUUCAGAAAUUGGAUGUGGUUUUUGGUAGCAGUUGACCAAGCUUGCCCGGAAUGCAGAAGUGAUCAGGAAUGAGUCAGAUUGCUUAGUGGGUGUUAGAUGGACUUUAUAAAUUAAGCUAAUAAAUUGGAGUUCUUUGAUCUAAA